GAGGACAGGCUCGAUAUUCUCUUUAACAACGUAGGCGUCAUAGUAUCGUUAUCAACCGAGCCGCCACCUAAGACAGCCCAAGGCUAUAAGCUAGCCCUCGGCGUCAAUUAUAUCGAGACCCUACUCUUUAUUAAGCUACUGACGGCCGUACUCGCCACCACCGCGAAGUCUAGGACGGGCCCGGGUAUAGUACGCGUCGUAUGGCUCUCGUCGUUCGCGCUGGAGCUAUUUGCCCAGCCCAACGUCGGCGUCGCGCUCGACAACCUCGACUACCACGUCCCCAAGCCCGGGCAGGAGCGGUACGGCAUCAGCAAGGUGGGCGUCUGGGCGCUGGCCGUGGAGUAUGCGAGACGGCAUCGCAACGACGGCAUUGUUAGCGUUGCGAUCAACCCGGGCAACCCGACCUCCGAGUUGCCGCGCCACCAGGGCGUCGUGCUCAAAACCGUGGCCCGGCUGGUUGGGUAC